AUGGGCAUUAAAAGAAACACUACUGGAAGAUCCGAUUCAAGAAGGUCGAGAACCUUUAAUUAUUUUUUCAAGGAUGCCAAGGGUGAGCCACAAAAUGUUUGUAAAACAUUUUUCCUUGGCACUUUAGGAUAUGCAGCUAGCAACGAUAAAGUUGUAAGAAAUGUUUUAUCAAAAGCACAAAGCACAUCACUGUCAGCAAAAGCCGAUGGACGUGGCAAACACAACUCAAAGAAAAUUGAUCGAAAGAUUAUAGUUGAGCAUAUCGAAUCAUUUGGUCCAACCAUUUCCCAUUACCGAAGGGAGCAUGCACCACAAACAAGAUACCUUCCAAGCGACAUAAGUAUCAAGUUGAUGUAUGAUGAUUUUAAGAAAAAACACCCAAACGUUGUAUUUUCGUAUUAUCUAUAUCGAGAAGUUGUAAGCAGUAUGAGUAUCAGCUUUGCCAAGUUAGGGCAUGAAGAAUGCUGGACGUGUGAAAAGAUGGAGCAACACGGAAAGAAUACUGGACACACGAAGAAUAAUUUGAACUUUGAAUGUGAGGAGUGUACACGAUGGAAUACACAUCAUAAUAAGUAUACAGAAUCUCGCAAACGAUACGAAAUUGAUUCAUCAUCGAUUCAAGACCGAAACAAAUUAAUAAUUACGGUAGAUUUACAAAAGGUGAUCAUGCUUCCGAGAUGCGAUACAUUUAAGGAAAUUCUCUUCACUCCGAGAAUCAUUGCAUUUAAUGAGAGUUUCGUGGUUGCUGGUAAAAAUAAAGUAAUUGCUCCCGUCGCAGUAGUUUGGCACGAGGCCAUUGCAGGACGGUCCAAAGAAGACAUUAUUAGUAGCUUUUAUGCGUACCUCUUGUCAAUCCGAGAUAUAGAACACCUUGUUAUAUGGCUGGACAAUUGUUCAGCCCAAAACAAAAAUUGGUGUCUGUAUUCUUUUCUUGUUUACAUUGUAAAUUCCGAUGAGGUACGCCUUCAAUCCCUGGAAUUGCGAUACUUUGAACCUGGUCAUACAUUCAUGGCGGCUGACUCGUUCCAUCACCGUGUUGAAGUUGCUCUUAAACGAAAGGGUAAAAUAUAUGACUUUUUAGACUACGUAGACGCUAUAAAGAGUGUGCCAGCAAAAGUUAUAGAAAUGAGUAUCGAAAAUUUUUAUCUCUGGAAAGAUAAUUGUUCACAAUUUAAACUUAACAAAAUUACCCCACGCCCAUACAUCUCUGAAAUGGUAGAAGUUAGUUUUGCGAGAGGAGACAGAACAAUAAGUUAUAAAACAGAUUUCAAUCAGCCUGCUGUGAAACUCAAUUUUUUAAAAGCGGCGUGCCAGAAAAGCGGAAUUAUUAAACCAGACUGCAAAACUGCUCCCAGAGGAAUUUCGAAGGACAGAAAAGACUUAAUCAUUAGUAAAUUAGGCAGCAUUAUGCCUACAAAUCGAUUAAAUUUUUGGAAAAAUAUACCCGUACAUCAAAUACCACCUACCGAUCUUGAUGAGGACUAG